CGCGCGGCACGUGAUGCUCUGUCCUCUGAGCGCGGACAGCAGUUACUACAACGUUGCUCCACUUUCUCUGAUCUGGUCCUCGACCCAACCCAGGAGUUAGAAUUAACUCUACCAUGGAGGAGGCUGACCGAAUCCUCAUCCAUUCCUUGCGCCAGGCGGGCACCAACCCUGCCAUUUGAGAUUUCUGAAGACUCCAGCCUCUUACUCUGUAGCUUCCCUAAACCCUCAUAGAUCUAGGAGGCCUUGCCCUGCAAAGGACACAAUGUCUUGGUGCCCAGAAAUAUGGAGACUGUGCCACUUGGAUCAUUUUCACCUUUGCAGACUCCAGAGGGCAGUUCCUCCAGAAGUGCAGACUCUCCGAGCUUUCACCACUGAGUUGGUCGUAGAGGCUGUGGUCCGAUGCCUUCGAGUGAUCAAUCCUGAUGUGGGCUCUGGCCUCAGUCACCUGCUACCACCAGCCAUGUCUGCCCGCUUCCGCCUGGCCAUGAGUCUGGCUCAGGCGUGCAUGGACCUGGGCUAUCCCUUGGAGCUUGGCUAUCAGAACUUCCUCUAUCCCAGUGAGCCUGACCUCCGAGACCUGCUCCUUUUCUUGGCUGAGCGGCUCCCCACCGACGCCUCUGAGGACGCAGACCAGCCUGCAGGUGACUCGGCUAUUUUCCUUCGGGCCAUUGGGAGCCAAAUCCGGGACCAGCUGGCCCUGCCCUGGGUCCCACCUCUCCUUCGAACUCCCAAGGUGCAGCGCCUCCAGGGCUCAGCCCUCCAGCAGCCGUUCCACUCCAGCAGGUUGGUUCUGCCUGAAUUGAAUUCCAGAGGAGAGCCACGGGAGUUCCAGGCCAGUCCCCUGCUGCCACCAGCCCCCUCACAGGUGCCCCAGCAUCUGGGGAGAGCAGCCUCACUCCUUGAACACCACGCUGUCCAGCUCUGCCAGCAUGUGAACAGGGAUUGCCCAGGAGAUGAAGACCGCGUGCGUUGGGCGUCCCGUGUCCCAUCCCAGGAGGACCCCCGGGCUCCGCAGCAGAGACUGCACAAGCAGCUGGUUGAACAUCUGCGUCAAAGCUGGGGCCCACUGGGAGCCCCGACACAAGGCCGAGACCUAGGAGAGAUGCUACAGGCCUGGGGUUCUAGGGCUGUGACUGGUGUGCCCAAAGGCUCCCGCUUCACCCAUUCAGAGAAGUUUACCUUCCAUAUGGAACCUCAGGUCCAGGCAACUCAGGUGGCAGAUGUACCAGCUACCUCUCAAAGGCCUGAACAGGACACACGGGCAGCUCAGGAGCAGGAGUUAGAAUCCCUUCGGGAGCAGCUAGUGAGCGUGAACCACAACAUUGAAGAGGUUGAAGCUGACAUGAAGACCCUGGGAAUCAACCUUGUGCAGGUGGAAACCGAGUGUCGACAAAGUGAGCUCAGUGUGGCCGAGCAGGAGCAGGCCCUGCGCCUGAAGAGCAGGACGGUGGAAUUACUACCUGAUGGAGCUGCCAACCUCGCCAAGCUGCAGCUGGUGGUGGAGAGUAGCGCUCAGAGACUCAUCCAUCUAGCAAGUCAAUGGGAGAAACACCGGGUCCCACUGCUCGCUGAGUACCGCCACCUCAGAAAACUCCAGGAUUGUAGGGAGCUGGAAUCAUCCCGACGGCUGGCAGAAAUCCAGGAGCUGCACCAGAGUGUUCGUGCAGCUGCAGAAGAGGCUCGCCGGAAGGAGGAGGUCUACAAGCAGCUGGUGUCAGAGCUGGAGACUCUGCCAAAAGAUGUGUCCCGGCUGGCCUACACCCAGCGCAUCCUGGAGAUUGUUGGCAACAUCCGGAAGCAGAAGGAAGAGAUCACUAAAAUCUUGUCAGACACAAAGGAACUUCAGAAGGAAAUCAACUCUCUCUCUGGGAAGCUGGACCGGACUUUUGCGGUCACUGAUGAGCUUGUGUUCAAGGAUGCUAAGAAGGAUGACGCUGUUCGGAAGGCCUACAAAUACCUAGCUGGCCUACAUGAGAAUUGCAGCCAGCUCAUCCAGACCAUUGAGGACACAGGCACUAUCAUGAGGGAAGUUCGAGAUCUUGAGGAGCAGAUCGAGACAGAGAUGGGCAAGAAGACUUUGAGCAACCUGGAGAAGAUCUGUGAGGACUACCGAGCCCUUCGGCAGGAGAAUGCUGGUCUCUUGGGCCGGGUCCGAGAGGCCUAGAGCCCUGAUGGAUGUCUCCUACCACAGGCAGGCAUUUGGGGGGUGCUGGAGACAGUGCUGAAGCACUUGCUCUAGCACCCUCUUUCAUUUGGUAUCCAUUUUCUCCUGCUGGGACCUCAGACCCAGCCAUCUGCUUAUCUGUUCCCAUAUCUGAUCAGGGUGAUUGUCUAGCUUGACCACAAUUUAUUGGACGGGCACUGGGGGCCUUGGAUCCCAAAUAAAAGAGAAGUUCUUCUGUG